UUUUUUUUUUUGCUUUCUUAAUGUUAACUAAUUGAUUAGUCUUAUACUAUCAUGGUAAGGCCGAUGCUUUCCAGGUGACUCUAACUGAUGAGAGGCCUGACGAUACCGUUAGUUGCAUCUUCCCACAUGCAGAUCACAGGGAGUUUUUCCUGCAGCUGUGGUAUUUCACUCAGUGAUUAAUUUUAAAGGAGGACUUGGUUGUUACCGAAUGUGGAGACACAGAGUCUGAGAGUUGGACUAAUGGGUGGAGGCGAAGAGGCAGAAGUAGCCAGGCCUCCUGUUGGGGCAGGGGCUGUACAGAAGCACUGUGUGUUCAGUGAGGUGCUGUGUAAUACUGGCACGGGGCACAGGGGCAUCUCCUGACAAGCACCCCUGCAGCUCAGGCAUCUGCAGCUCAGGGCUUUCUCCCCUCUUACCUGCUAACAUACAGAACACUGUCCAGGAGGUAGUCACAGUGUCCCUGAAGUUCAGCAAGGCUUAAUCUUUACAAUACUUGUGUAUAUUAAUGCAGCAGAGAAGGACCUGCAAACUGGUAAAUCCAUGCUUUCCUUCAGUGGUGGUGUGUACAGAAAGGCUGUUCAGGAAACAGAACAAGCUUUUAACAACCAUUUGUGGCCUGGAAUAGGUUUCAGCUCUUAACUCCCACUUCCCAAGAAAAUAUCUUAACUGUUAUAGGUCAGGAAAUGCACUGUGUUCUGAUCCUAGAUGGCUUAUAUGCAUACAUAAUUGUUAAUUUUGGUCUAGGAUCUGUGUAAAAUGCAGAACAAUUCUGGAAAAAGAGCUAGAGUCCAGGAGCGUUCCCUCAAGGUAGCUGAAGGGACUCUUCACCUACUUUUCCUUCUGUCCAGUGACUCUUGUGUUAUUUGCAUUACAAUCCUAUUUCAGCCCAGGGAAUAUGUGUACCCAUGGCCUAAGGUUAGGGAAUUAGGAGACAGGUAAAUUCCUGAAGAGAGAGAAGGGCCUACCACUUGCAGCAAGGGUUCUAUGUGACCAAAGAACAUCCCCGUUUUUUCAUAGUUGGCUGUAUUCUUGUUUUCAAGCGAUCCUGAUUAGAGCUACACUUGAAUGCCUUUGGCAUUUGUUGGAUAUGCAGCUUUGACUGCAUCCCUGGCCCUAGGAGGUUUUGCUGCUAUUUUGCUGGGUCCUGAUGGAAAGCGCUAGCAGGAGCUAGUUGUGCAGUGCAUAUCAGGGAGUUAAACUUAAAAGAUUUUUGGGGAAAAAAGGACUCUUAUUUUGGUUAGGCAGAAGAACAGAUGAACUUAAUCAGACUAGUUAAUCCUUCUUAAAAUAGUCCACUAUCAGAUUUACAGUAGUAACUGUUAUCAGACACAAUUUACCUACACUCAAUUUACACAUCUUAAACCUUGAAGUAGGUAAGCUGAGGAUAAGAAACCCCUCAAGAAAGCUUUCUCCACUACAGGAUGAUACUAGUGAUUUGAGGGAGUAGAGGAGGAGCACAGCUUGGUGGGACAUACUCUGCUUUUGGAGUGGAUACCUUCUGGAAAACGAGCAAAUUAGUACCUUGGAAAGUAAUGCCCAUGAGUUUUAUGCCAAGUAUUUGUUAAAAUGUGGCCGUUCUAAUUAUUCUAGCUGAAUUAGGAGAUAAUUUAAGUCCUGUGGAUUAAUUUCCCCUGAACCUCUUUCUAUUUUAAUGUUGCUAGUGUACAAUUCUUUUGACCUCAGCCAUAGCUGCUUUUAGGUAAUGAGUAUAUAUGUGUUCAGGAAAUCACUUGGAAUUCGUGUACAUGAAAAAAUACAAAUACUUCACCUUCUCAAUAUGGUGCUGAUGCUUUGAGGUUAAUAAAUUUUUUUUAUAGUGUUAGUAAAAAAAGGAAAUUUUGAGUUCAAAACUAAUAUUAAAUAUUUUGAUUCAGUCUUAUAAUCACUUGUUAAAAUAAAUUUAAAUUACAAGAUUUGUGAGCAGUAGAAUUAAUGAACAUCAUUUUAGCCUUUGGCAUACUAAGAACUUUGGAAGGCGACUUCUGCUAAUUUGUGUCACGUGCUAAGAGAAUCUCUGGUUCAAGUGACCAGAAAUUUGGUACCAUUGGGGUACUUCGGACACUUCCUCUCCAUCCAUCUAUAUCCUACAAGAUACAAAGGAUGUCUCUUUCAUCGAGUGAGGGGCAAGCUAUCCACAUCAUCACAUGGCUUUUAGCUUUGAAAUUUUUCUUAUAUAUCCAUUCUCAUUUACAUACAGAAAAUUCAGUUAGGAGCAGAUAUUUCAAUACCUGCAGAAUCUCAACUGGUAUAUUUUUGAGUGUACAGGGUACUGGGUUUGUGGUUUCAUUAUCCCAGAUCAGUUUUAGCAUCUUUUCUCAAUACUGAGCAUUUUCAGGGAAGGGAAGGUUUAGAGUAAUUUUUUAAUUGUUAUUUUCUGUUUCAAAAAUUGGAGUGGCGUACAUAUAUUCAAGAGAUUUUGCAUCAUACUUUGCUCAGAAAAGCUGAGAAACAUCCUGUCCAUGUAGUUUCUAUAACAAAACAUGAAUUUGAUGAAUGAAAAUGACUCCUUGAAAUUACUUAUAAUUAAAAGUCUGGAGUAACCCUUUCUAAGUCAUUAUUUCCUGUCCCUGUUAAGGGAAAAGAAAUAUGGAGUCCUUUUGAGAACUCUACUUGUAAAUAUUGGCACAAGGGUAAAGCACUUUUAAGUGUGAGCAUUGUGUAAUAAGAUACUUUUUUCUUAGUCAAAUGGGGCCUCAAACUGCCCCAUUCUUUUUUGGAGUGUUACAUGAAAUUUCUACGUAAUUUUUUUUCUUGCCUCUUUUAUUGUUACUCUUGCUGCAGUUCAUCAGAUUCAGCAUGCUUUUUUAAAGCCAAAUAACUUCAUAGAUCUGUGGUAAGAUACAGCUGUAUAAGUGGCUGAAGUAUAGCUCUUGAACCAGCCGUGGCACUGCAGGACUAGUGAUGGGGAAGUGUGCUCAAGCACAUGCUUAGGCAAGUUAGGAAAAAGUUUCACAAUCAUUUAAUUCUGCAUCUGCAUGCUGCUCCAGUAAUAGGACAGUUUAGCCUGUAGUCAAAUUCUGGGCAAAUCUAGGAUGAUAUUUUUAUUCAAAUUUGCAGUGGAUAGUAAAACUUGUGCCAGAUUUAUGCUGGGUUUAUGUAAGACCACAAGCACAAAUUUAACCAGUUAAAAAUACUUAAUAGAUGCAGAAUGAGGUUACCCUGGAGCAACAUUUUGCACCAUGUGGUGGUAGCAGCUUUGCUGCUUCUCUGCACCCCCAUCUGCUCUGUCAGCACUGGAGAAUCUUGAUUCAGAAGUGCCUUACCGGGUUUCACUCCUCUGCUACAGCACCAGCAUUUGUGUACAGUAAGAACAGCGGGGUUCAUGAAACAUUUUCGUGCCCCUAUGCCAUCCUGUGUGGCUGUUAGCUCACCCUUCACCCCUGAGGAUGAACUGAAAACAUGCCACCAAAGGAGCUGUCACCACCCCAUGCACCGACAGCAAUUGUGUCUUUCCCCUAACACUUAGGAAGACGGAGGCCACUGCUGCUGCCUGUGCUGCACAGCCUCAGCCCCAUGUGGGUCUCCAUUUCCCUCGACCUGUUCCCAGCACUCCUUCCUCACAUUAAGUUAUUUUUCUCCCGUCCUUUAUGAGUUUAGUGGCAGAUUCCAGCUGAGGGAUGGCAUUGUAUACCUCCGCGAUUUAAGCAGUGCCAGCCAUUUAAAUAGGGUGAUGACCCAUGCUAGCACCCCUCUGCUUGGGUAGGGGUCUUCUCUGUCCUUGGCAGCAGCAGUGAAAAGGCUUCAGCCACACAGAGACGAGGACAAAAAAAAAAAAAAAAAAGAGUACUAUCCCUAACUUUUCCAUUUUGUUUUCUGGAAAACAUGAUUAAGUCAGCAUUCCUAGGAAAGGUGAGGCAGUUUUUGACUUGUGAGUACAGAAAUGGUGCAAGAUGGCACUGUGCCCAGAGGCACGGGGAUGAGCUGAUUAAACAGCUCACAGGGUCUUCAGAGAAAAUUAAGUGCAGCCUCGAUGCACCCGCAGGUUUAAAAAUUUUCUUUUACUGCUAUCUUCAGUUUCUCUCCUCCCAUGUUUAUCCACUUUAUUUGGGUGAAAGGUGAGGAGGAAGAGGAGGAGGUGCUCUUUCAGCUGCAGGUACUUUAGCGUUCAUCAAGGAAGGCUGCUGUCCCCGGGCUGCGGAGGUGCUCGUUUCCAGGUUCUGAGAGGAGAAGGAAAGCCUGCCCGAGGAACAGCAGCUGCUGCUCAAGUGUCGUCUGCUCUGAUCGCCUCUUUUGACUUUUUUGAGGAAAAAUUUGAGCCAAUUUCCUCAGAAGCAAAGGAAGAAUGGAUUCAACAAAGGUUCGCGAGUCAUCAUUUUUGGAAUCUCAUGAUCACGUUCUUUUGGAUAUUCCUGUCACUAGAGAGCAGAUGAAUCACUAUCGAGCUGCAGCUGAAGCUGCUCAAAGUGAACUUGCAGCACUUUCAGUGAAGUAUGAUUGUGCCGAGUCAGAGCUUCUUGAACUCAGGUCCAGCAUAAUCUCUAAAGAAGCUUCUUUUCAAGAGCUGAAGGCUGAAGCUGAAAGCUAUAAGGAAAACAAUGCUAGACAGAAGUCUCGCCUCCUGUCUUUGCAAACACGAAUCCAGGAGAUGGAGGAAGAGCUGUGUGUGCUCGCCAGUUCUAAAAACCAGGCUGAGCUGACAGCUCAGGUGGCAUAUAAGGAAAACUGGGAGCUGAAGGAGGAGCUGCACAAUCAAAAUACCAAACUUAAUAAAUAUUGGAAUAAAAGUGAAGAAAACAUGACUCAAGCUUCUAAAAUCAGCAGGAAGUAUGAAGAGCUCCUUACACAGCUUUCUGGAUUCUUGGACACAGACAUCAGAGAAAAAGAGAAACCACAAGAACAUUUAAUGUCGAAGGUCUCUGAAAUAUGUAAAGAAAAUCUGACACUAAAAGACCAGGUUGCUGCUCUUCAAGAAGCUGUGAAUAUCCAUGAGAUGGAGUCUAAAGCUAGCAGAGAAACUAUCAUGAGGCUAGUUUCAGAAGUGACAAAGGAGCAAAAAAAGGUGGCAGGAUACUAUCAAGACAUGGAAAAACUUAGUAAGGAUCUUGACAGCGCUACAAUAGAGAGACAGAGUUUAGAGAUGGAGAUCAGAAACCUCCAAGAUAAAUUGACUGUUAACCAGAAAGCCUUGGACACCUCAAAGAGGGAACUGCACAGUCUGAAGAAAUCUUCUGCCGAGUUAGAUGGAAGCUUGAAGAGCAGCAGAGCAGAAGCCAGGACUGCUUGGAGCUCUUUAGAGGCUUUUAAAGAACAAAUUGCUACCCUGCUCAGCAGUGGAUCUGCAAUAGUUGAACCGUCCGAGAAGGCCAUUUUGGAGAGAAUUCGAGAAAUAAAUGGUAAAGAGGAGAGUAAACAAAUAAUGGUAUCUCAACUUGAAACCCAAAUCGCUAAAUUGACUGAAGCUUUGGAAAAUCAGACCAGAUUGUACCACAAAGCUCUGGAGAGGAGCAGGAAAGCUGAAAAAUGUUCUGAGAGUUUCCAGGAUCAACUGAAACAGUUGGAAGAAGAAUUACUUACUAUAGAUCUGAUGCAGGAUGGUUUGAAGCUUGAGAAACAAAAAUAUCUGAAAUUUCUGGAGCAACUGAAAGAGAAGAUGAAGCUGGAUAGUCUAGCAGCAGAGUUUGGAUUCGAUAUGAAUAUGGAUGCGAUUCUAGCCCGGGUAGAGCAGUUAGUGAAACUGGAAGGUGAUGCAGUGAUUGAAAACAAGACUGUGGCACACAGCCUCAGAAGGAAGUUGAAGACUCAGAAGGAAAAACUUGAAAGCAAAGAGCUUCACGUGAACCUUCUGCGGCAGAAAGUAACCCAACUGGAAGAAGAGAAGCAAAUCAGGACUGCCUUAGCUGUGGAAAGGGAUGAGGCCAAUCUUGCUGUCAGAAAUUUACAUAAGAUGAUAGAGAGGUUACAGAAGCAGCUUGAUGUGGCAAGGGAAACAAAUACUGAUCUCAAAGCCAAGCUGUCUGAAACCAAUGAACUUAAGAUCAAAACUUUGGAGCAGAACAGAACAAUAGAAGAACUCAAUAAGUCUCAAGGCAAAUUGGAAAGAAUGAAAGAAAAAGCUGAGAAACAACUUAGAUCUGUCAAAUCAGAACUUCUUUUAAAGGAACGUAAAGCUACUGAAGAUAAAGAAAAAAACCAAAAUACAUUAGAAGCAGUUACCAGUGAAAUGAAGGUGCUUAAAACAACCCUUGCAGAACUAGCAAAAAGAGAGAGACAGCUGGCAGAUUUCCGAGAGGUGGUCUCGCGGAUGCUGGGCCUCAACAUUGCCAGCCUGGCUCUUCCUGACUAUGAAAUCAUUACAUGUCUUGAUGAGUUGAUUCACUCUUAUCAGCACCACUGCUUCCCCUGUGUCUGCCUCAAAGACGUGGCAAGGGCACCAGAGGAGCAGCAAAGAAAUUUACAGCUUCUUCACUGAAAGGAGACAGAACAAAGUAAAAUUUUCUUUUUGCUUAAGGCCUUACCUGCUACACAUCCACAGAAAAGAGAUACUUAUUUCUAUUCCCUACUCUACAGACACCGACUAGGGCUGAUUUUUAGAAUUUCAAUAGGGAGACUGAACCAAAUAGAUAGAGUAAAGCCAGGAGCCUAGAGAUGGCAAAGAGAAAAUCUCUGGGCAGCACAAUGCUUCAGUUAUGAAAAUGAUAGGCCCUUCAGUUAUGAUCAACGAUACCCUCCCGUUUCAUUGCAGAGGCACUGAAGUCAUGAGCCACCCAAGGUCAGUUCACAGUUUUGGGAAGCACUUGAGAAGUUAGUGAAUGUCCACUUUAGUCUCAUUCCUUCUGAUUUGCCUCUGGGUGUCAAGGAUAAAAUAAAGUAGGGGUUGUCCUGCUGCUGUUUCUCUUGACAAAUGGGACCUCUCUGUGUUUUUACACAUAAAGACUUUAGCUUCAAGAUAGUUAUCUGGAAGUUAGAGGAUUAUCUCAAUUUUUGAACACGGGAUAUUUUUUUUUUUUUUACUUCUGUUGUUUUCCUUUGUCUGUGCUUGUGCCAAAACAAGAAGUUUUGCAGCAAAGGCUUUUUCACAGGCUCUUGUCACGUGCCUGAUAUAGAUAUAUUUGGUAAAAUUGAAUGGUGACCUUGGUCAUGAUGCCUUGAAAAUUUUUCUUCUAGCUGCUGUAUUCCUUGGGCAAUUAAUCCACAGGCCAAAUAAAUGGCGAUUGUUCUGAGUUAAGGAAAUUUUAUAAUUGUAAAAUGCUUGUCCAUUACAGGAAAUACGUGAAUUACUAAAGUCUUUAUUUUCAGAGAAGCAAUGGUGAGGUGUACAGAACUACCUCUUAAUCAUACAAACGGCUUUCUAUCAUCUUUUCUGAGUGUUAUUAAACUUUAUGAUUUUUUAAAAGAAGUAUGAACAGUAAAUCUGUUUUCAUAGCACACUCAACUUCAUUCUGUGUUUUUAGUUUUUUCUUCCCAUUAUAUGUUUUGUAUGGAUGUGUAGAACAAUAAAGAAGACUAAUCUAUUUAUGUCUGACCAUUUGUGGGCUUUCUACAGUAUCUCAGCAAAUGAUAACCCACUCGGUAAAACUGAACACACUAUUUUAGGAAAAAUUACACUUUUUCAAAUAGGAGUGGUAAUUUUGGUAUCUGGCUACAGCCUCAAAGCAUGCUUUUAUUUCACUUGCCUCUGAAGAAUCAUUUCUCAAUGACUUGUUUGUAAAAUAAAUCAGUCAUUUGGGGAGAUAAACAAAAUAA